AGGAAAAAAAAAGAGUUAAUUUAUUUGAAUCAUUUCGGAUGGAUGAAUUCGGUUUUUGAUCUUGUUGUAAAUACCUGUUUUUUUCUGUGCGAAUUUUUCAAUAAUUUUAACCCUUUCAUCACACAGUAUUUUUCAUUUUAUUUUUUUUGUAUCUUUUUUAGAUUCUAGAUCAGUGAAAUACUGAUCAAGAUUUUUUGAUAGAUAUAUCAUCCAAACUCGAAACGAUUUCAGUGUUUUUUCUUUUCUUCUGCACCUUAAAAAAACGAAUAAUCAUCAUCAUUUUCAAAUCAUCACAAUGGACAUAAACAUUAUUCAACAACAACAACAACAACAACAUAAAGAUCAUCAUCAUCGUUCAAGACAACCAAAAUGUGCAAGAUGUCGUAAUCAUGGUGUUGUUUCUAAAUUAAAAGGACAUAAACGUUAUUGUCGUUAUAAGAAUUGUAAUUGUACAAAAUGUAAAUUGAUUGCCGAAAGACAACGUAUUAUGGCUGCACAGGUCGCCUUAAGAAGGCAACAACAAACACAAGAAGAACGAUUACGUUCACCAUCAUACAAUCCUGGUGAACUUGAAGAACCUGAUGAAUUGGAUCUCAAUGCAGUGUUAAAUUUACGACAACAACAACAACAACAACAAAAUCGAUUACGUGAAUCAAGUAUCGAUAACAAUAAUGGAAUCAAUCUGAUUACGACAGCAACCGCAACAACAACCGCAAAUACCGCAACACCAUCAUCAUCAUCAUUAUUAUUAUUACCGAAUUAUACGGAUCGAACUGAUAUCGAUAUAAUACGACGAUCAACAAUAUUAUCACCGCCAAUAAUAAAUCAUUCAUCACAAUCAUCAUCAUCAUCCUCAUCAUCAUCCACAUCAUCAUCAUCAUCUAGUUCAUAUAAGAAUUCAAAUAAUAAUAAUAAU